CGGGUUCAGUCGAGUUCUCUGGGCUCUUUUGUUGUCCGGCGAUGUCGUUGUUGUUAAAUUGAUGACAACAACAUGAGAAACGCUGAAGCGUGCGCUUCGAAAAUGUAUCUGCAUAGUCGCCGGAGAUACAAAAGCCAGCGGCGAGAUACAUUUCGGUGUGCUGACCGUUUUGCGUAUCCGUGACGAUUUCUCGUUUACCUGUGCGACACAGACCCAAAAAGCGGACAAUAAAUCAAUAAUCAAGCCGCCGAUGGAGAGAGCAGUCGGAUGGAUGGAUGGAUGGAUGGAUGGAUGUAUAAAUGUAUAAAUGGAUGGACGGAUUGGUUCGGAAUCGGCUCGGAUCGAAAGGCGAGUCUGGGGCCUUAUCAUCAUUAUUCAAAGCGAGCCACCAACGCCGCCACCGCCGACACAUGGAAAUGGGAAUAGAAAAAUAAUAAUAAUAACGAGAACAACAAACAGAGACCGAGGGAAAACAAAACAGAACCAAACCGAACAAAACGAGUUCCUAGACUUUCUGAAUGCCAUAAAACGACGACGAGUUUUGAUUUGAUUUUUGAGAUCCAAUCGACUGGCAUAGAACACAUGUACCUUCGGGUAUGAAAAAAAUACAUUUCAAUUCACACUCGUCCAGCGACACGGGUUACAUUAAAAAAACCCCCAGACGAAUCAUCCCAAAAAAUGCGUGGAUGCUGUGGGAGAGAGUCGGCCAGGAACAUAUAAAUUCUGGACAGAAACCUCGACGGAGGCAACAACUCGUCAUCGGAUAUAUCAGUUUUUCUCGCUGUGCAGGAAAAAAGAGAAGUGAGACCGAGGCUGGUGGCUGCCCACGCCCGCGUUAUGAUUUUGUGGCCAUUUUAUAACUAA